AUGCCGUCGCUUAAAGUUAAUGUUAAAUGGAAUGAAAAGGAGUAUGGGUUAGAAAUUGACACAAAUGAGACAGUUGAAUUGUUUAAAAUUCAGAUUUACACAUUGCUAGGAGUACUUCCAGAAAGACAAAAAAUUUUGUUUAAAGGAGAGCUGUUAAAGGAUGAUACUGAUUUUAAUACUUUGGAUAUCGAAGAGAUGGUGGGAACUAUUAGUGAAUUUCCAGAAGAGCCAUAUCAAAAAAUACCAUUUGUUGAAGAUAUGCCAACAGAGAGUAUUAUAAUCCCAAGGUCUAAUCUUACUAUUGGUGAUCAAGACAAUCAAAGAAACAUGAUCAUGUCUUUAUGUGAACUUUACAACCAAUUGAAUUUGACAAGUGAAGGAUAUCCACCACGAAAAUUUUUACAAUCAUUACAAAAAGCCUUUCCUCAAUUUGCAGAACGUAAUUAUUUUGGAUUGAUGCAACAAGAUGCUGAAGAAUGCUGGUCUCAGAUUAUGUCUUCAUUAAGUGAUAUAAAUCUUCCUAUAUUUCAAAAUGUUGCUAAUAUAUCUGCAGAAGAAGGAUCAUCAACUUCUUCUAGCACACAAGCUUCAUUUGUUGAAAAAUAUAUGACUGGUGAAUAUACUUGUAUUUUAAAAUGUAAAGAUAAAGAAGCAUUAAAUGAAGAACCUGUUAUUUUACAUGAGCCAUUUAGAAAGUUAAAUUCAACUGAUAUCCUAAAUCAUGGUAUUGUUCAGGCAUUAGAUGAGAGACUUCAAAAAACAUCACCUACACUAAAUCGACAAGCUGAAUAUUCUAAAAAGUCAUAUAUUAGUCGUCUACCUUCAUAUCUCACAGUUCACUUUGUAAGGUUUUUUUGGAAAAGUCAACAACAAAGGAGAAUAAAAAUCACGCGUAAGAUUUUAUUUCCUUUUGAGUAUGAUGUUACAGAAUUUUGUACAGAUGAAUUAAAGAAAAAGAUAUUGCCAGUCAAGAAUCAACUAAUUGAAUUGAGAAAAGAAAGGGAAGAAGCUAAGCUUGCCAAAAAUUCUGAUCAAAUAGAAAUAGACAACAUCAAAAAAAAUGACAAUUCAAGAAUUGAAGAAAUUAAAAAAUUAAUUGAUCCAGAUUUGGCAAAAGAUGUUGGAUCCAAUUUCACAGGAUUGUAUGACCUUUGUGCAGUUUUGACUCAUAUUGGAGAAGAUGCUGACUCUGGGCAUUAUGUUGCUUGGGUGUGCAAAGAUGAUGAUUCUGAUGAAUGGCUCAAAUUUGAUGAUGAUAGGGUUUCAACUGUCAAAAAAGAAGAUAUUCAAAAAUUGUGCGGUAAUGCAUAUGGUGAUGGAGAUGUAUAUGCUUGUGGUGAAGAUGAAUAUGUUUGUUGUGGUGGAGAUGAAUAUGUUUGUUGUGGCGGCGGGGAUGAAUAUGUUUGUCGCAGUGGCGGAGAUGAAUAUGUUUGUCGCAGUUUUGAAAUUGUUUUUUGA